AUGGUGUCGGCUUUCAGCUCUGACAUCAAUUACAGGAGUAUCUCCAACGAUCAAUAUGCCUACCGCGUCUCUAACACUAUACUGGGACAUGGGGCAUUUGGCGCAGCAUGGUUAGGUAAACGGCUUCAUGACAACCUCGCCGUGGUUGCUAAAAUUCCCUACGCUCGUGGGGCUGACUACGAGACUGAGGUGAACGCCAUGGCACUGCUGUUCGACGCAGGUGGCCAUCAGAACAUCGUUUCACUCGUCGACUUUAUCGUAAACGCAGACGUUCCCGAGGAAGGUCACAAGAUGUUGAUCACCCUUGAGAAGAUGGAUAUGAACUUGGAACACUGGUUGGGCCUUCGGGGAAGGGGAAGCGGCCUUCCCGAGGCCGUUAAACUGGAGAUCUCAGUUCAAUUAUACAGUGGACUGGCUUUUAUUGUCAACCAUGGUAUUAUCCACGAAGACCUGCACGAAGGGAACAUUCUGGUCGAUGUCAACAACGGAGUAUUCAAGAUCUCAGAUUUUGGCAACAGCACCGUUAUACCGAAGGACGAUAACUCAUUUGACCAGAUGCUCGCCAACGUUGUAGAUCAUGCAAUCAAGGAUCUUCGCGACAUGACCAGCUCGAUCAUAGCAUAUCUCUGGUUGUCACGCUUUUACGCUGAGGGCGGAUUUAAGUUUUCCACCUGGAGCGAAAUGCCUGAUAACGAGCAUGUGGAAGAAGCUCUCAGCUUAGUAUUUUCUGAUCCUGUGGACGAAGACGACGGACCUAUGGCAGUCAAGCUUAAAGAAAACCCCCAUUUCUGGGAAUCGCAGACUGAAAGCGAUGUCAUGUUAAAAGUGGAGAUAAUACGAGCACAUCGCGAGAAUUGCUCGCAACCCAACCCCAGCCAUAGCGGCAUGGCUAUUCCAGAUCACAUCGCCGACAUCUUAGCCGUCGGUCUACUCUACACCCGACUCGGAGACGCCACUGCUACAAACAUGGUACAACUAAUUCGCCAAAUUCAUUCUCCUCAGAAUUGCCUCAAGGCUAGAAAUUUCAUUCGCGGGGCAGGAGAUUAG